UUUGCUGAAAUAUUUUUGUCUGCCUAGAUCACACGACCGGAAGUUUAACGUUAACCCUACGUCAGAUGCUGCGUGCACAUGGAGGACUGAAACGCUGGGUUCAAACCUUAUUAAUAAAUGCCGGUUUUAUCCUUGCCUGGUCAGUUUAGAGGAUGUGAGGCAAUGAGCACAGCUUUUUGCUGAUUCUGAGUUCAUGGCAAGGAGAUUCAUCAAAUUACAGUGAAUGGAGAAGGGCAAAUGAACGGUGAAGGCUGUGACCUAAGUGUGCCAAGCCCAGCGCUGGCAGGGUAUUUGGGAAAUGCUGAGAAUAGAGGAGCUGUAAAUGGAGCCUGCCCUUGGUGUUCUGCAAAAGGACAGAUAAAUGUACUUCGCUCAUACAAAUUCAACUUUAAAGACUCUAUCACUCUCUGUACUGAUCCACUGUGUCUUUUUCCUUUAGUUAGUGGACCAUUGGACAAUAUCCGUGCCAUCCUUUCUUCAUCACAAGACAUACAGGGGUGCAAGAGAAAGAUUUAUCACAAAUUGGAGCCCAAAGACCAUGAUCCAUCAUACAAGUUUAGGAAGAAAGAGGAUCCCAGUAUUGUGUCUGCUGGAAAAUGCUGGAAUGUUGAUGUUGGUGACUGUAGCGUGCCUGUCAAUUCAAUUGAAGAUGGACUGUUAAUUAAUGAUCACCAGAAGAAGCAAAUAUUUGAGAAUGCUGACAAUACUGCUGAGGUCUCCCAUGCCAAUUGUAAGGAUUCAGGAUUGCCUGAUUUCCAAAUCAGGGAUUCUGUAUCAAGCACUCAGGACAAAAAAUGUGAGGUCUCAACACUGGAUUUAUUUGUGAAAGAUUUGCUGCACAUGGUACCUACACAGCAGCAUUUAUUCUGGAAAAAUAAGGAUAACUUGUGUUGGUUAGAUUCCUUGCUUGUGACACUUGUACACAUUAGGAUAAUUAGAGAAGCUUCAUGUGAAAAUGUAUGCUCAACUGAGAAAUUCCCAUGCAAAGAUUUUACUGUGAAGAACUUAUGUGCAUCAUACCAGAAGUCUUGCACGUAUAUUAAAGCAAAGGAACAACAGUGCCAAGACAGCAUUGUACGAGUACAUUCUGACGACCUCUAUAAUGUAGAGCAAGACCUGGAAGCUCUACGGAUGUCUGCCUUCCAGUUCCUCCAGCCAAAGCUUCAGUGCGAUUUGAGUCUGGAGGAGACACCUGUCUUUGCACUCCCUCUUCUCCUAAAGUCAGAUGACUGGGCUAAUAGUCUUUUCCAGCAUGCCGGUCAGUGGGAAUUUAGGUGCACAUCAUGUGGAUACAAUUUCAGCACAAGCAUGGAGAAGACUGUAACAACAUUUACACAGAUCAUAUCUGAUUGGCACCCACUCAAAGCAGUCCAGGUUGCAAAGUGUCGCAGCUGCAAUAACAAGAACCAGAAGAGGAGACUUGUCUUACAAAGAAUUUCUUCAGUGCUUGCAUUUCACUUUCUGGAGGGACUUCCACGGAGAGACCUCUCCAAGUAUGCAUUUGAUUUCCACGGCACACAGUACAACAUCAGAAAAAUUAUACAAUACAAUGAACAACGUGAGCACUUUGUCACCUGGAUCCAUCAACCAGAUGGAUUAUGGCUAGAAUUUGAUGAUUUGAAACACCCUCACUGCAUAACACACAGGAGGUUUGCACUCCCAGCCAAUCAGUUCCAUCUUGUCUUCUGGGAGGCAGGUUCCACAGAGGAGUCCCAACAUCUGGACAGUCUCCCCGAUAACAGCCUUACUGAGACAAUGAGUAAGGUUGGCGAUGACUUUCAUAAUAUAACCAAUUCUUUAGCAGAUGACGCAUGCAUUAUAGAGCCAUUGACUGGAAAUAAGGACAGCAGUGAGUCUGCCAGUAAAUUGGAUUCUUCAAUAGGUAGUACCACACUGCUUGAUACGUUUGAGGGCCUGUCACAUAGUGAUAUUGUCACUCUUACACUAGUUGAGGUCCAAGCAGAUGUUAAAGAAGACUCUUGCCCAAAUAUCCAGGAAAUGGUAACUGGGUCAGCUGAGUCUAGCAUCACAGAGGCGUUUCACCUGCUAGAGAAAAGCUCUUAUCAGACUGCAAGUAAUGUAAAAAACAAUAAAGAUAGUGCUAACAGUGUUUCACAUACACCAGAAUUGAUUCUUCCCUCAGUGGUAAAAUCACCAGAAUUAGUAGACCCUUCAAAAGUGAGCAAGUGUCCACCGACCCUGCACUCUUCAGACCCCAGCACCUCCAACCUAUCGUUAGAUCAGCAAGCUUUCCACCAGUCAACGCCAUUAAGAGUACCCCAUCAUGCCACAGAUCCCAGAAUUGACCCAAGAUUUGAUGGCAGCGAGCCACUCCUGGCCAAGCCUGCUGAGCUCUUUGGUGGAUACAGAACAAAGAACUCCCCCAAUCCAGGGAUACCUGGAGGACUUUUAAAGCAUUCAUUUGUGAAAUUGCCCACUGCUCCACAGAAGCCAUUCAGUUGUCCUAGUGGCAUAACAACUGUGAAUUCAGUUUCAACGUUGAUGAAAUCUGCUAGCCAGAACAUCCUAAAAUCUUCCCCAUCAAAGAUGGUCUUAUCAACUGAAGCUCUCAGACUGAAACUGAUGAAAAGGUUAAAGGCCAAGAAGAAGAAGCUAGCAAAGUUGAAUCAGCUGCUCAGUAUAGAAGGAAGUGGGUCUAUGCCCAGGCCAGACAGCACAUAUAUUUGCUCACCAUACUCUGUCACUUCCAGUACAUCAGCCUAUGAUAGCCCAGCAUUUGAUAAUUUCUUUGCUGAGCUUCUUUCACCAGACAUGAGCACCAGCAACCAAUCGCCUGAUAGCACAGGCCUCUUGGAGAUGCUAACCAACAGCCAGGCUGCUGGGACAUCAGAAAGCAGCUCUCAGGAGAACUCUGUGCCACUCUCUGAACUACCAGUUCCUCUUCUAAAUGACCUAUCAUCCACCAACGAAACCUUUCUUGAAUUAAACCCAGGAUCAAGGGAGCAUCAAACUGUUAUUGAGAAUGCUGAACUUAAUGCUAUGGAUAUAUUCUUUUGAUAAGUUCUUCGGACCAGUGCACAUAUGUUUUUGGGAAGUUAAAAUUGCUAGCUAAAGAUCAGCUCUCAUUAUAAAGAUGCUAUGGAUUUUAUUAGUAUAUUAAAAAAUAAGCUGUUCUUGGCUCAGCUGAAUUCUCAGUCUAAUAUUUGGCUUCUUACAUUCACCUUAAAAAAUAGAUUUUGUAUCAGCAAUCAAAAUGAUUCUUAUAGAAUUAAAUAUUUAAGUUGUAAUUUAUAUAGGAAUGUGUACGUUUGAAUGUUUUGUUUCACUCUCCUGACCAUGCACUAAAUACUGCAGAUUUUUGUAAAACUAAAUAAACUGGAAUAUUUCUUUA